UGUGAUGAAGUUCGAUGUAGCAUGUAAUUAUGACGUAUGUCCACAUGGGGACACUAUAGACCAUCACAUUUGGACGAUUUGUGUCAUGGCUCAGGGCUCCUCCCAGAGUCAGCGGAUGAUGCAUCUGUGGGCUUUGUUUCAAAGAGACGUCGGGCGACAAAGAACGGUCAUUUUGUUUGCUCGUGGAAAUGCCAAAAUAUUUAUUUGGAAUACAUUUUCCUUGAUUUUGAUCUUUUUAUCGUUGUAACAUGUUGUUCUAGUUUGCCCAUAUGCUCCUCCUCGAUGUGUGGAAUAAUGCAUUUGCCGAGCAGAAGGAGCUGUGUGUGGAUAUAUAUCCUGUUCGUGCUGCUGGAUUGUUACUGGGAAGCGGUGUCUGGGCAGCUCUCUUACUCCGUCUCAGAGGAGGUGAAUCUGGGGACUGUUGUCGGAAAUAUCGCGAAAGAUCUCAACAUCAACGUCCAGGAUUUGGAGUCCCGCAUGUUUCAGAUCGUUGCUGGAUCAAAGAGAAAAUAUUUCGAGGUAAAUCUAAAGACUGGUGUCCUGUAUGUUAAUGAGAGGAUAGAUCGAGAGGAACUCUGCGGCAACGAACAGAAAUGUUCCCUCAGUGUAGAAGCAGUGAUUAAUAACCCUUUAAAACUGUAUCGGAUUGAAAUUAUAAUCUUGGAUGUAAAUGAUAAUUCCCCGUCAUUUCUCAGCCCGUCACAGGUAUUCAACAUUACAGAGAACACAGCAGCAGGAGCUAAAUUCCCUCUGCAUCCUGCUGACGAUGCAGACGUCGGUAAAAAUACUGUCAAUAGCUACAAGCUGAGCCAAAAUGAACACUUCUCUCUCGUCACACAUAAAGGGGAAAGCAUAUCUCCAGAAUUACAGCUACAGAAAGUUUUAGACCGAGAAAAACAGUCUGUGAUCCGACUCACACUGACUGCUAUUGACGGAGGAACUCCUGCUAAAUCUGGCACAAUGGUGAUUGUAGUAAAUAUUUUGGACAUUAAUGACAACGCUCCUAUAUUCAGUCAGACUCUCUACAAAGCCAGUGUGUAUGAGAACGCCAAGACUGGAACAUGGAUAAUAACGCUAAAUGCUACUGAUUUAGAUGCAGGUCAGAAUGGACAAGUAACAUAUUCGCUGAAUAAAGUAGGCAGAGGGAAAGAAACUGAUCUGUUUGCUAUAGAUGAAAAAACUGGAACUGUAACAAAUAAAAAGAAUAUCGACUUUGAAGAAAAUAAUGUUUUUGAGAUUCGUGUACAAGCCAGUGAUGGAGCAGUUUUUCCCAUGACCUCACAUGCCAAAUUAUUGAUUGAAGUUUUAGACGUCAAUGACAAUGCCCCUGAAAUUUCA